GCUAACUGCAGUACUGCACAUUUGAAGAAGAAGUCAGUUACAUCGCUCCACCAUCAAGGAACAUUUAGGGCAAGUCCCAAUGCUUCAUUUUUAAGUAUUUAGUCUGUAAUUUAAAACAUGUACACGUAGUAAGCAGCAAACCGGUUGUUCUGUUUAAUUACACAGAAAAUGUUCAUAUUCAAAAGUCUGCCGUUCGCUGGAGGCAUUUCUGUACGCAUCCUUCAGUAUACCUCCUUGACUUUCGGUUUUUUCAUAGCCUCUCAUCGGUGCAGCUCCCGCAAGGGUGCAAGUCCGUACACCUCUGUGGACAGUGAACGCUACUCGUCUCUUGUUAAGUCUGUUAUAUCUUCGAGGGUCAGUUCUCAAACUCCAGAGACCCUACAAGCUGAGGAUGAGCACAUAUUCGGACCAGUUGUCAAAGCUCAGACUCUGUCAAAACAAGAGCCGAGGCUUCCUAAAGUCAUGCAUCCUUUCUUACAUUGCAAAUACACUCCAGAAACAGAGGAGGUUGAGUCAGAACUCCCUGUCCGGAUUGUAUUAAACCGGGAGAGGGAUUCGUCAAUGCCGAGUGUGACCAGGAUUCUUCAGGCAACACUUUCUCAAGAGCAGCUCUUUUUUCUGGAAAGAUGGAGGAGGAGGAUGACUGCAGAACUGGGGGAAGAGGGCUUCAAAGAGUACACCAAAAAUUUGUUUAGACAAGGGAAACUUUUCCAUUCUGCCCUGGAGAACGUUUUAAUGUCAGAUGCUUUAAGCAAAGAUGAACUGCACGCAACACAUCCACCUGAUGUCCUGGGAUACAUGAAGAGCAUAUGUUACAUUCUGGAAGAUGUCAGAGCUGUAAGAGCAAUAGAGAGCAGUGUGCAGCAUGAUGCUCUUGAUUAUUUGGGCGUCGUGGACUGUGUGGCUCGUUAUAGAGGUGUUUUGUGUGUUAUUGACUGGAAGACUUCUGAAAAACCUAAACCAUUCCUGAGCAACACAUAUGAUAACCCUAUCCAGGUGGCAGCCUACGCUGGGGCGUUGAACAGUGACGGUAGAUAUAAAUACCAGGUGGAGAACGGCCUUAUUGUUGUUGCUUACAAGGAUGGCUCACCUGCUCAUGCACACCAACUGAACCGUGAGCUUAUGUCGGAGUUUUGGGAAAAGUGGCUGAUUCGCUUAGAAGAGUUCAGAGAACAGAGAUCCAGCGAAAGGUGAUCUGUUUCGUCAGAAAGACAAACUCAGAAGAAGUCUGGUGAACAUAUACAAAAAGUUCCUUGAUGCCUCCAACCUUUGGGAGUUGGGCAAAAUCCACAUCCAUAAUUAUGAUUACUAUAAUGUUUAAUACAACCAAGGUACUUUGCACACUCAAUUUUAGUAGCCGACUAAAGCUGACUUUUAGCCAAGACGCGAUUUGCUUGUGAUAUUUACAGUUAUAAUGUCUUAUCUUACAUGUGAUUGUUUUUAAGGUUGAUAGAAAUACAGUGGUUCUGGUGGAUUAGGAACAAGAAUUGAAUAUAGUUGUUCAUUAUAGGUUCAAUCCAUGCCAUCAACAUUUGAACUUAUUUUUAAACAAUGUUCACAAUUCCUGCAGACAAUCGGAAGUAGCAAACGAGCCAUUGCGUUUCACUAGUUUUUUUUAAUAAACUAGAAGAUACAGUUCAACAAAAGAAUAAAACAUAAUCAAAACUGGCUACAUGGCUCUUCAUUUUGCAAUUUUCAUGUGGGAAAAGCCACAAGACAAGUGAUCAGUCUGACUCCACUAGGUGUAAUAAUGUAUCUUUAUAUAAGGUCUUCAUUGUUCACAUUUAGUGAACCACAUGGCAAUGGAAAAAUAUAUUUUGUGUUAAAAAAUAUUGUAGAGCAAAAAGUACAUAAACAUUGGUCAAAAGGAACAAUUAUAAGCCCUUCAUUACAAUAGCAAAAGCUCAUAUCUGAAGCAGCAACUUUGAGAUUUUAUUCACGUUACCAAUGGCUAAAUACUAAAAUAGUUAGCAAUUUUUAGCUUUUAGUUAGGUAAAGGCAUCUGGAAUGUUAUGUAUGAUUAAGCAAAAUGUCAAACAUGAUUUUGCGAAUAGCACCUCACAAUGCUCUCUACUAGGCAUAAAGGAUGUAAAAGCCACAAUUUAUGUGCCUCGGCAAGCGAUUGUCUUAACUGUCAUGUUUUGUUCAUGUUGAUAUGUAUAUACAGUGAGGAGCAGAAGUAUUUGCCCCCCUUGUGAUUUUUCAAAUUACCCACUUAGAAAAUAGGUAGAAGUCU